AUGCCUAGAUCUUCUCGUACAGGUGAACUGCAAUAUAAUCCUGAGAUAGAGAAGACUGCUCGUGCAUUGAGAAAAGCAACAAGAGAACGAGCAGAGGCAUCCUCCUCAUCUACUGGACAUAAUUCAGUAGUAGAUUUUGUGGAUUCAUUUAGUGAGACAGAAGAGAUAGAUAGCACCAUGGCUAAUGAACGGAAAUUGAGAGAAUUGGCUGUACCAGAUUUAAAUCAACAGCCUCUAUGUAUUACUUAUCCUACAUUAGAGGUUGCACUUGAGUUAAAAUCUGGACUAAUCCAUUUACUUCCUUCUUUUCAUGGCUUACCAGGUGAAGAUCCCCACAAGCAUCUCAAAGAAUUCCAUGUGGUUUGCUUGACAAUGAAACCCCAGGGAGUCACAGAGGAGCAAAUUAAAUUAAGAGCCUUUCCAUUUUCCUUAGCCGAUAAAGCUAAGGAUUGGCUCUAUUAUCUGCCUUCUGGGUCAAUAUCCACAUGGACAGACAUGAAGAAGCAUUUCCUAGAAAAAUUCUUUCCUGCAUCCCGAGCUGCAAGCAUUAGGAAAGACAUCUGUGGAAUUCGACAAUUCAAUGGAGAGACUCUACAUGAAUAUUGGGAAAGAUUCAAGCAACUAUGUGCUAGUUGUCCUCAUCAUCAAAUUCCUGAUCAACUCCUCAUCCAGUAUUUUUAUGAGGGUCUGUCCCAAACUGACAGAAGAAUUAUUGAUGCUGCCAGUGGGGGCUCCUUAGUGAAUAAAACACCCACGGAGGCAAGAAAUUUGAUAUCGAGUAUGGCUGCAAAUGCUCAACAAUUUGGAGACAGGCAAGAUAACACAACUCGUAGAGUCAAUGAGGUAAGUAAUUCUUCAAUAGAGCAAAGAUUAGAUUGUCUAACUUCUUUGGUUGAAAAGUUAGCUAUAGGACAAAUGCAGCAAUUGAAAACAUGUGGAAUCUGCUAUGGUUCGAGUCAUCCAACAGAUAUGUGCCCCACACUCCAAGAUGAUUCGACUGAGCAGGCUAAUGCAGUUGGAUUUCCAGGACCACCUCAGAGGCGGUAUGAUCCCUAUGCAAACACCUAUAAUCCAGGAUGGAGGGAUCAUCCUAAUUUUAAUUAUGCAGCAAGGCCACCAGGAUUUCCACAACAGUCACAAUAUCAACCUAGACCUCAACUUUCACAGCAACAAUCUACUCCUAAAUCAGUUCAUAAUUUGGAGAAUCAAAUGAGCCAGUUAGCUUCCACAGUCAAUAGAUUGGAGUCCCAAUUAUCUGGAAAGCUACCUUCGCAGACAAUUGUCAACCCCAAGCAAAAUGCUAGUGCCAUCACAUUAAGAAGUGGCAAAGAGUUGCCUGAGCCGAGCAAGAGAAUUUCUGAACAAGCAAUCGAGGAAGAGCUCGAAAAAGAUGGGAAUGUGUCUCAACCUAGGGCCUUAGAACAACCAGAUUUUGGAGAAAAAUCAACACAAGUGGUUACACCUCCGCCUCCAUUUCCUAGUCGACUGGCAAAGUCCAAAAAGCAAGAACAAGAACAGGAGAUUUUGGACACUUUUCGAAAAGUUGAGGUAAAUAUCCCUCUUUUAGAUGCAAUUAAACAAAUUCCUAGAUAUGCUAAAUUUUUGAAGGAGUUAUGCACUGGUAAGAAAAAGUUGAAAGGAAAUGAGAAAGUGCAUAUGGGAGAAAAUGUCUCGGCAGUUCUGCAGAAAAAAUUGCCUCCUAAAUGCAAGGAUCCGGGUAUGUUUACUGUCCCUUGCAAAAUAGGCAAUAUUAAAAUUGAAAAAGCUAUGUUGGAUUUGGGUGCUUCGAUAAAUGUUAUGCCUCGUUCUAUUUAUAAUUUGAUGAACGUUGGGCCUUUAAAAGAGACGGGCGUAAUAAUUCAACUUGCUGAUCGAUCAAAUGCCUAUCCUGAUGGAGUUUUAGAGGAUAUUUUAGUGCAAAUUGAUAAUUUGAUUUUUCCUGCAGAUUUUUAUGUGCUUGAUAUGGAGGAUGAUAAUUCUAAUUCAUCUCCAAUGCUGUUAGGGAGACCAUUUUUGAAAACUGCUAGAACAAAAAUUGAUGUUUUCACUGGCACAUUGACUAUGGAAUUUGAUGGUGAUGUUAUUAAAUUUAAUAUUUAUGAUGCUAUGAAAUAUCCUGGUGAAUCUCAUUCAAUUUUUGUUAUAGAUGUAAUUGAUUCUUUGGCGCAGCAAAAUUUUGAAUUUAAUAAUGACGAUGCGUUGAAGGUUGCUAUUUCUACUGAAUUUUCCAAUGUGUCUUACUUGGAAUUACCUUUGUCUCAUUCACAGCUUUUGCCAUCUAUUGUGCAAGCCCCGAAGGUGGAAUUAAAGCAGUUACCGGAUAAUUUAAAGUAUGCAUUCUUGGGAGAUGGAGAUACACUCCCAGUAAUAAUUUCCAGUAAAUUGACUGCUUUAGAGGAAGAAAAAUUAAUUCGGGUGUUAAAGGACCACAAGGAGGCAAUAGGAUGGACAGUGGCUGACAUAAAAGGAUUAAGUCCAGCCACUUGCAUGCACCGCAUCUUGUUAGAAGAUGGUAUAAUCUAUCCUAUUUCGGAUAGUAAGUGGGUAAGUCCUGUUCAAGUAGUUCCUAAAAAGACAGGAAUUACUGUUAUUGAAAAUCCUAAAGGUUUUCUACAAAUUCCAGUGGCGCCUGAAGAUCAAGAGAAAAUCACAUUUACUUGCCCUUUUGGUACAUUUGCCUAUAGACGAAUGCCUUUUGGUCUUUGUAAUGCGCCUGCUACAUUCCAAAUGUGUAUGGAUGUGGUAUUUCAUUUUGAUGAUAAUUGCAAGAGUGCAUUUGACACGCUCAAGGGAUCAUUGACUUCAGCACCAGUGGUUCGACCACCAAACUGGAGUCUUCCUUUCGAGAUAAUGUGUGAUGCCAGCAAUUUUGCUGUUGGUGCAGUACUCGGCCAGAAAGAGGGCAGAGCUUCUUAUGUCAUUUAUUAUGCCUCGAGGACCUUGGAUGCUUUGAAAUAUUUGCUCAACAAGAAAGAGGCCAAACCACGACUUAUAAGGUGGAUUCUCCUACUCCAAGAAUUUGAUCUGGAAAUUAAAGACAAAAGGGGUGCUGAAAAUAUGGUUGUUGAUCACCUCAGUCGUUUGAUCAAUAGUGAAGGACCUGCUCCCUUGAAGGAUAAUUUUCCAGAUGAGCAUCUUUUUGUAGUUCAAAAGACAACUCCCUGGUAUGGCACGCCAAGAGCAAUUAUCAGUGACCGAGGGACACACUUCUGCAAUCGAGUAAUGGAAGCAUUAAUGAAGAAAUAUGGCGUCACUCAUCGGGUUUCUACGUCCUAUCAUCCGCAGACUAGUGGUCAAGCAGAAACCUCCAAUAAAGAAAUCAAGUCGAUACUUGAAAAAACGGUGAAUCCCAAUAGAAAGGAUUGGAGUUUGCGCUUAGAUGAUGCACUUUGA